AUGUUAUCAAUAAUAUCAUUAUUACCCCUGUCCUCAUAUGCCAAGACAGAGGACAAACUGUUCAAACACCUCUUCAGAAAUUACCACAAAUGGGUGAGGCCAGUGGAGCACCUCAAUGGGACAGUGAGAGUCAAAUUUGGGCUGGCAAUCUCCCAGUUGGUGGAUGUGGAUGAGAAGAACCAGCUCAUGACAACAAACGUGUGGAUGAAACAGGAAUGGGUGGACAUGAAGCUGAGGUGGGACCCGGACCAGUACCAGGGCAUCACUGCGAUCAGAGUGCCUUCUGACUCCAUCUGGAUCCCCGAUAUCGUUCUGUUCGACAAUGCAGAUGGACGUUUCGAGGGCACUGUGACGAAGGCUGUAGUCAAAUAUGACGGCACAAUAUCCUGGACCCCUCCAGCCAAUUACAAGUCGGCUUGCACGAUUGACGUCACCUUCUUCCCCUUUGACCUCCAGAACUGCUCAAUGAAGUUUGGUUCCUGGACCUAUGACGGCUCUCAGGUGGACAUUCUCCUGGAAGACUUUCAUGUGGACAAGCGUGAUUACUUCGAUAACGGGGAAUGGGAGAUCGUGACCGCCACAGGCAGUCGAGGCCUGAGGACGGAUGGCUCCUGCUUCUACCCCUCCAUCACGUACUCCUUCAUCAUCCGUAGGCUCCCGCUCUUCUACACCCUCUUCCUCAUCAUCCCCUGCAUCGGCCUCUCCUUCCUCACUAUCCUGGUCUUCUACCUGCCCUCCAACGGCGGGGAGAAGAUCACCCUCUGCACCUCCGUCCUGGUGUCCCUCACGGUUUUCCUCCUGGUGAUCGAGGAGAUCAUCCCCUCCUCCUCUAAGGUGAUCCCACUGAUCGGGGAGUACCUGGUGUUCACCAUGAUCUUCGUCACCCUCUCCAUCGUCAUCACCGUCUUCGCCAUAAACAUCCACCACCGCUCCUCGGCCACGCAUCACAGCAUGGCGCCCUGGGUCCGCCGCGUCUUCCUCCACCGGUUACCCAAGCUGCUGUGCAUGCGCAGCCACGUGGACCGCUACGCGGUGCCCGGGGGGUCAGGCGGAGGUCACAGGGCAGGAGCUGGCAAGGACACGAGAGGCUCCGGUUUGGAGACGACCCCUCUCCUCUCAUCCAGGAACAACCUGCAGGCAGCACUGGAGUCCAUCCGCUAUAUCACCCAGCACGUGCUGAAGGAGAACAAGGUCCGAGAGGUUGUACAGGACUGGAAGUUUGUGGCACAGGUGCUGGACCGUGUGUUUCUGUGGACCUUUCUCCUGGUCUCAGUCUUGGGCUCAGCCCUGCUCUUCAUCCCUGUGAUCUACAAGUGGGCCAACAUCAUCGUCCCCAGCUAUGCUGGCGCAGGAAGCUAAUUCCUUUCAUGAUGGACUAUGACACGACAGGCAUGGAUUUUAUAUACACUGCCAGUGAAUUCAGCAGCAGUGAUGGACAAUAUAUACAUCACACCGGACAACUGCAGGCCUGCCCAGAGACGGAGGGCACUUUUUAAACUCCAAAGGCACUUCACUGGUCACAUUGGUUUGGAAAAACACAUACACAUUUUCUUCAUUGUAUUUUAUAAAUGUUUGACAGGGGGAAAUGCUUUAGUGUUGAAAAUAGCAUGCAGAGCCC